CUGCUUAGACGUGCACUCUGCUGCUUUGGGAUAGCAAACCUAACUCAGAAGAAUAUGUAACCGGAGCACGUAGUCAACCGCAACAUUACCGCAAAUUACUGGGAAUCCUGUAUCUGUGUCACUUUCAAAAGGUUUACCCUACAUCUCCUAGGAUGAUGUUCUGGAGGCACCUGGGUUUGGUGGUUGUAUUCUUUCUCUGUGAAGGCCUGGCACUGGACUGUGAUGACUUCACAGACCUGGGGUUCCACGAUUCUUUCAUUGGAACUCAGCUGAAUGUGAAGCUGCUGCUUUACACACGGGCCAAUGUGGACUGUGGAAAGGAGGUCUUUCUGCACAACUUGACAGACACGCCCUUCUUAAACCUGACACUUCCCAUCACCUUUGUGAUCCACGGGUACCGACCCACUGGCAACCCACCGGUGUGGAUAGGCGAAAUCGUUGAGAAGCUGCUCACCGUGCAGGACAUGAACGUGCUGGUGGUGGACUGGAACCGUGGUGCUGCAAACAUCAACUACUUCAGUGCUGUGAAGAAUACACGCAAAACAGCAGAGAAAAUCACCGACUUCAUCCAGAAGAUGCAGGAGAACGGGGCCUCCCUAAGCUCCAUUCACAUGAUUGGAGUCAGCCUAGGGGCACACAUCUCUGGCUUUGUGGGGGAAAAGUUUGGAGGGAAGAUUGGGAGGAUCACAGCACUGGACCCAGCUGGACCCCAGUUUACAGGUGCCACUCCAGAGGACCGCUUGGACCCCACUGAUGCCCAGUUUAUAGAUGUCCUGCACACUGACAUGGACGCUCUAGGAUUUAGAUUACCCCUGGGGCACAUUGACUUCUAUGCCAAUGGAGGAGCUGACCAGCCUGGCUGCCCCAAGACCAUUUUCUCAGGGAAGGAGUACUUUGUGUGUGACCACCAGCGGUCUGUAUUCCUCUUCCUCUACUCUUUAAAUAAGACCUGCAACAUCACAGCCUACCCCUGCCCCUCCUACAAUGACUUUCUGGAUGGGAAGUGCUUGCAGUGUGAUGCCUUCAAGCCUGCUCCCUGCCCAGCACUUGGUUAUUAUGUUUAUGAGUGGAGGGACAAACUUCUCAGCCUGCAGCAGACAAAGACGUACUUCUCCACUACAGCUGAUCCACCUUUCUGCAAGACAAACUAUAGGGUGGAUAUUGUCACAUGGAACAAGCCAACACGCUACGGGGUCAUUAUCAUCAAGAUGUACAGUGGGGGAGAUGUGACAGAGGCCAGGAUCGAUCAUAAAGCCACCAAGUUUGAGCAGUAUAAGACUACCAAAUUGCUGGCCCAGUUUGACAAGAACCUGCAGACCAUCCAGAAGAUCUCGCUCCAGUUCUCCACAGGGAACGUGGUAGGGCCUCGGUACAAGCUGCGCCUGCUCCGUAUCCAACUCAGGCCCCUGGAACAUGCUGACGGGCCAAAGCUGUGUCGAUACGACCUCAUCCUAGAAGAGAACGUGGAUGUUUUCUUCAAACCCAUACCCUGUGAAACAUCUGACUUCUGAACCAGGAACUCCACAGAAGCCAGACACAUGUUUUUAUCUUCAGAACCAAUACCAUGGAGUCAUGCUUUCUCAGGAGUCUUACCUCUGAAUCAGUAGAGAGGAGCACUGCUGUGAAUCCAGAACAUUGAUCUCUAAUCAAGUACCAGUUUGUGGGUGGGCGUCUGUCAUUAACACCAGAGCUCAAUGUCUUUUAAAAUGAAGAGUUACAAACUCAAUAACCAUGCAAUAACAAUGUGUCAAAAUAACCAUGUGCUAAAAAUGACUUCAGCAACUCCCAUAAGCUGAAGCUUCUCUCUUGUGCAGUUAUGUAACAUUGUCCUGGUACAUUGCUUUAACAUGUUUAAUCACUUUAGCUCGUAUUUCAACAUUAAUAGGCUGUGAGGCAGAUGCAGUGGCUCAGCUAAAGACUACAAAUCUCACACAUAAUUCCUGAUUUGCCAUUUUUAUGGAAACGUAAAUGUUAUUUUACAGUUUUCAAAACUUGAAUGUAUAAUAUUUAUAAAAAUACAUCAUACAACAGACGAAAAGCUGAAUUAGCUCUCAGUGUGAGCCUUAAAAUGAAACAGUUUAACCUUCAUGCAAUAUAGAGAAAGUAAUACUGAAUGGGAACUUGAGUCAUUUAUUGUAUCAUAUGUAAUUACUUAUUGUAAGCUUUAUCGCCCAGAUUUUCUUCAUGGUUUUGUUUUUCAUAAUGGUUCACCUUCUGGUUGAUCCUUCUGAGCAUUGUGAAUUACAGUACGUAAGGACAGCAAUGUUGGAGAUAGCAAAAAGGAGAGUGUGACCUUUGGAAUGGUAUGUUGGGACAGGGUUUGACUCCUCCCGACUGUGCCGAUGAACAGGAUCCAGCCUGUUUAUUUAAGCAUUCUCAUGGGCAUUGUGUCAGGGUAAAUGUAUUAUGAAAGGAUAAUUGUAUG